CCAGUUUCAUAAGAGUAUAAAUACUUUAAAAAUAAUUAUGUAGUUACAAUCAGUUUUUGAACAGUAAAGAGUAAGGACGUAAAUAAAAACAGCAAUGAAUAGUUUCGCAGCACUUACAGUUUUAGUUCUAGCAGUGGUUCAUCUUUCUGUUCAGGAUGGUUUAACCGAAGAGCAGCAGAAAAGAAUAGCCCAGUACCGAGCUGAUUGCAUCAAGGAAAUCGGUGUGAAUCCGGAAUUAAUUGAAAAAGCUGAUAACGGCAAUUUCGUCGAGGACGACAAACUGAAAUGCUUCACCAAAUGUUUCUACCAAAAAGCCGGAUUUAUCGACGACAAAGGCGAAAUUUUAAUUGACGUUAUUAAGUCCAAAAUUCCUGAAGGAGUCGACAAGGAUAAGGCUUUGGAAGUUAUUGAAACUUGCAAGAAACACGUCGGUGCUAACACAUGUGAGACUGCUUACCUCGUUCACAAAUGUUAUUUUGAACACAACAGAAAAUAUCAUGAAGCCCAAGCCGCCGCCGCCGCUGCUGCCGCAAAAAGUUAAAGUAUCAUAAUAAAGUAUAUAUUCUAA